AUGAAGGUAGCUGUCGGCCAAUUAUGCUCGUCCUCAAACAUCACCAAGAACUUAGGCAUAGUGUACAAGAUCCUUAACCUUGCUGUACAGAACAAUGUUCGCAUUCUUUUCCUACCAGAAGCCACCGACUACUUGUCUCAAAAUGCGAAGCACUCGCUCCAAUUGUCACAGCAAGUGAAGUCGACGUUUCUCACUCCACUACUUGACCACAUAAGAACCCUAAACAAAGCCACAUAUUUGUCAAUUGGUAUUCAUUUGCCUAAUUCAACCACCUCGAAAGUCGAAAAUGUCCACUUGUUGAUUGACCCAACGGGAAAAAUCGUAUCGCAGUACCAGAAAUUACACUUGUUUGAUGUCGACGUGCCCAACGGACCCAUACUUAAAGAGUCGAACUCAGUUGAACAAGGCACUGAAGUAACACCGCCAACACCAAUUGACCAAGUAGCCAGUGUCGGUCUUUCCAUUUGCUACGAUAUCCGAUUCCCCGAGCUUAGUUUGAAACUUCGCCAACUUGGUGCUAAUAUUCUUACCUUCCCCAGUGCCUUCACUACUAAAACAGGAGAUGCCCACUGGGAAGUGUUGAGCAAAGCCCGUGCUUUGGACUCACAAAGCUUUGUCGUCAACGCAGCUCAAUGCGGACACCACGACGUUGGCACGAGCGACAAGGGCAAUGUCGUGGAACGGAUUAGUUAUGGCGACUCCAUCAUUGUUGAUCCUUGGGGCACGGUAUUGACCAGAGCAAAGAAAUUCGAUGACAAAGACUUGGCUGUUGACAGUGACGGCGAUUACUAUGAAGUGAUUUAUGCUGAUCUCAACUUUGACCACUUACAAAAGGUGAGAACCAACAUGCCAUUGCUAGAUCAAAGAAGAGCAGAUGUGUUUGGAGAGUUGUAG